UGAGAAAUGCGGUUUGAGCUGACUCCUGUGCAUUCCUCCCAAACCUACACGUUUGUUGUCUCCUUCGUUAGAGGAUAAGCUGUGUGCAAAAAGAGACUGGUUCUUGUACUUCCUCUGUCAGGAUCUGGCCCAGCGCCUGGCACACAGUAGGCGCCCAGUGCACACUGGAUGAUUGAGCAAGAUUGACGUUUGAGGGACUGCAGAGCAGCGCAAAUGCAAGCAACGGCUUGCCAGCCAUAGGUCUAAUGAAGGUCUGGAUUCAAGGGAAAAGGCGAUCCAAAGCGCAUGCGCAUGAAAGCCCCCAGGGAGGCCACAAGGGUCGUGGUCACGUGCUGGAGGGGGUGGCGCAUGCGCCCUGGGGUGUAUCUCUCCCCGACCACCACGAGGCCGCUGCAGAAGAGGAGCCCCACACGGCAUGAGGGGGAGCCGCUGCCAGCUCCACAGACUGCCUGGCAGCCAGUCACCAUGGGGCACACUAGGCGGAAGAGCAAGGCCACACAGGAGGCCAGGUGGCAGCAGGGACGCACACAGCAGAUGGGCACGGAGCAGGCCGGCUGGCAGCCAGUGGAGCAGCUGGUGUGGCGCGUGGUGUCUGGGGUGGGAAGGAUCUUCGGAGAGGAGCAGAGGAGGAGGGAUGGCUUUGGGCGCUCCUUCCCCCCGACCAAGGCUUUUAUGCCCCUCUGCAGGAGUUUUCUUUACUGAUGUUUGGGUUGUUUUCCUUCUAAUAUCUCAUUAACCUACUACAGAGUGACCCAACAUACUGCUCAGGUGAUCACCACUUUCCCAUGGCCCUUUUCCCAUGUUCCUCUUAUGGGUGCCAGCUUUUGAGGAAGCGCCCAAGCCACCAUGUCCACCUCCAGCCUGGCUCAGCUCCUUUGCCUUAGCCCGUGCCUUCUCUACCCCCCCCCCAACAGGUCCCCUCCCGUCCUCCCCACUUCGGGUUCCUUUUCUGAGUGGAAGCAGGGUCUUUUUGUUUUCAUUUGUAGACACACCCCUGACUGUAUUAAGUGCUUAAUAAAUGCUUUUUUUAUCCCGGCCUUAUCUUUGCCCUUUUAAAGAUCUUCACCUCUAGAAAGCCGAAGUUUUAUCUUGGCUGAAUAUCAGUUCGGCCUUCUUCCUCUGAGGCACUUCGCUGAGCUAGGGGAUCAGUUGGUGGACUGUCUAAUCGAGAAACCCCCAACUGCUUAUCCAGCCGCAUCAGUCAACCAAACCUCAGUGGACACCCGCUGACUGCCCAGGGCUCUGGGCUGUAUGGUGGCCUUAUUUGUGGUUGAGCAGAAAGUAUUGGGGCCUUCUUGGAGCCCCGGGUCAUAUGCAGUGAACGGCCUCGAUUUCUCCUGGGCUCUGGUCAGGGGCUUCCCUGGUCAUCAUCCUUUCUCAGCUGCCCAUGUGGUCUCGCCUGAGUCCCUGCUUUGCCCUGGCCCUGGGUCUUUUCACUUGUAGAUUUGGAUGAGGUGACUCCAUCCCUGUGACCUGUUCCAGCCCUCAAGAGACUUUGCUGGGAGUAAACUAGCGAUGUGAUGGAAGGCUUCUGCCAGAGACACUGCAGGACCAGACCCCGUCAGAGACCUUUAGCCGACGCUAGUCUGGGAAGCUUGCCCUCUGCCCUGCCGGUAAAGAUAUAUGCAUUAACCAACAUUUGUAUUUGGAUGUGAUCAGUGGCCAUGAAAGAAUGAUAAACACAGAGGCUAAAGGGGACAGAGGGUCUUGAUCUGAAACAAGUUCAUGUACUGUUGACUCUGUGUAUUAAACCCUUGGAGAAUCUGCAUCAGCCAUAAGAACAGAGAAAAUAGAAGCAAAUAAAUAAAGUUAUUUGAAGCAAUAUUUCCAACAACACUCUGAAAUAAAUAGACUGUCAAGAAAAUUAGUGAGGACAUUGAGUGCUGUGCUUUCCUGAAGGAAUGGCACACGGAACCCAAAAAUGCUCUUGGAUUCCAGUAGUCAGAAAGCCACCUUGCCACAGUGAAACGAAUGGCACUGGUGAGGUGCCAAGUGACGUUCACCACAGCAGGGAGAGGAACGACUGUCUGACUAGGAGCUCUCCCUGCACCCUGACCAGAGGCCAUGCUGUCCCAGGAGACCCCUGGAAAAGGCCCGGGCCAGAAAAUCCUCCAGCCAGCACUCUGUCGCAACCCAAGAGGGCAUGCCUGGCAAGUGACAAGAGAACUGACACUCGGCCUGACUCCCUCCCUCACCCAGUAGCUGAGGGUACGGACUUCAGCAGGUCCCUCUGUGCUUCCUGGUGCCUCCAGCUUGGAGGCCAGAACCUGCCAUGAAAGCCAACACCCCCCACCACUCUCCACUUUGAAUGACAGGUUCUCCCCUGCUGGAACGUGCUUGGGGAGGCGUCUGACUAUACGACUCUUACUGGGCCGAGGACCCCUUUCCACAGCCUCCCUAGUCCUGGCUGCCCCCACGGUCACCUGCGGACUUCUCAGCAGAGUGGCUAGCAGGCCUACUGCAGAGGACCCCAAGCCACAUAUCCAGCAUGCCCUUCCUGCCUGGUCCCUUGGGGUCAUCUGAAGGGGAGGGUCCAGGAGAGCACUGUAGGUAGCCUGCUGCCCUUUGCCUGGGACAGGAGGCAUGUUCUCGACGCCAUCCUUGUCUCCCCUUCACUACCUGACUCCUCCAGGAUUCGUCUUCUCUUCACUGAGAAGCGCUGGGUGUUCUGUCAGUGGCCCCACUGCAACAACCCACACAGCAGAAACUCAGUGCUCACGGACAUCCCAACAUGCCUGCGGCUAAUAUGCAGACACUUGCUCCAGAGUCCAGGCAGGAUACCUGUCCUCCUGUCCCCUCCCCAACCAACACUGCUGCGCUUCCUCUACCAGGCUUCUCCUGGGACAUGUGCCUUGGAAGGCCCAUCCCAGAGAUGCCCCACCAGUCCGACAGUGGACCAAGCCAUGCCUCCCCUCCACAGUCUCUGAAAACACCUACAGGGCCUCCCUGCCACAGGCAAGAGCACUGAUCAUGCAUGCGUGAACACCUCUGACAUGGGUCCUGCUGCCUCAUGCCACAAAAACCUCAGUACGCGACAGCGUGACCACCUUGGAGGGCACUCUCUGGUAAGUGGCCCUAUCCCUUCAGUCAUUGUGCCUGCUGGCCCUUCCUUCCUCUCAAUGGAAGCCAAAUCCACUGACCUACUUUCAACAUCAACGCUGGCUGCAGGGACGCAACAGAACCUAAGGCAGGGCACCACCACUUCAAAGCACUAGCACAUGCUUACACACAUGCAUUCACCACCACACACACACAAGCACAAGCACACUGUUAGAGAUGUUUAUGGGUCACUGGCCAUCCCCUGGACAUCAUCACCUGAUGAUGGGCUCUGAGGGAAGCAGCCAGCCAUAAACAACAACAGGAAAGAAGGCUCAAUCUCCCCUUGGGACAUCCUCCUGCAGGAGGGAUAUAAAAGCCCACCAGGCUACACCACCUUCACACACAGCCCCACAGCUGCACUCACACACACACACACUCACACAGACCCACACCCACAAGCACAAUCCCAGUGAGGCUCAAGCUGUCCCUGCACCAGGCACUCAGCCCCUCACUGACACCCCUCUCACACACUUUGCUGCCCCAGGCACCAACACAGCUGCUCCACCAUGGCAGACACCUGCUUUUCUGGGCCCUGUGUUCCCAUGUCUUCAGCUGUCUCCGUCUGCUCCAGUGAUGUGAGCUGCGACAGCAACAUCUACCUGCCCAGUUCGUGCCCGGGCUCCUCCUGGCAGCUGGACGACUGCCCCGAGAGCUGUUGUGAACCCAGCUGCUGUGGCUCCUCCUGCUGCCAAGGCCCCUGCUGCACGCCAGUCUCCUCUCUGACCCUGCUAUGCCGCCCAGUCUGCUGUGUGCCCGCCACCUGCCAGACAGCCUGUGAACCCAGCCCCUGCCAGUCUGUCUGCACCUCCUCCUGCUCCCCAUCAGGCUGCCAGCAGUCCUGCUGCCAAGCCCCUAGCUGCUCUGCCUCCCCCUGCUCAGUGCAGUCCUGCUUCUGUGUCCCUCUGUGCUGCAAGCCCAGCUGCUACGUUGCCCUGCCUGUGUGCUGCAAGCCCAGCUGCUGUGUGACCACAGCCUGUUGUCCAGUGCCCUCCUGCUGUCCAGCCACCACCUGCUGCCGCCCUGCCUCCUCUGUGUCCUUCAUCUGCAAGCCCGUGUGCAGCCCAGCUGCCUGCUGUGUGCCUGUCUCCUGCAGACCCUCCUGCUGCACCACUACAUCCUCCUCCUCUUGCUGCUGCGCCCCCUCCUGCUGUCCAGCUACCACCUGCUGCCGCCCUGCCUCUUCUGUGUCCUUCAUCUGCAAGCCCGUGUGCAGCCCAGCCGCCUGCUGUGUGCCUGUCUCCUGCAGACCCUCCUGCUGCACCACUACAUCCUCCUCCUCUUGCUGCUACGCCCCCUCCUGCUGUCCAGCCUCCACCUGCUGCCACCCUGCCUCCUCUGUCUCCCUCAUCUGCCGGCCCACCUGCUGCAAACCCGCCUGCUGCACUGCCACCUGUGGCCAAAAAUCCUGCUGCUGACCACAGGACACUUGUUCCUCUCACCCCCUCCUCAACUUCUGUCAGCCUCCUGGCUCCAGCCUCAAACAUCAACCUGAACACCUGGCCAGCAACAUCCCCAGAGGCAUUGAGGCCACCAGGCCACAGACAACAAGCCACACGGAAUACCUCAUCCACCCUAGGCCCAUGCUGGGCCCCCUGCAAACCAUGGCUGACCCCAGCCAUGACUCCAGCUUUCCCGUGCACCUAGGUCAGUGUCUGCCAUCCUGGCACUGCCUGCAGCUCUCACACUCUCUCUAGGCUCAAAGUGUGCGGGGAUGGCCCCGUCCAUGGGCCUGACUGGCAAUAAACUGCAUCUGGUCACCUUCCUGGCCUCUCACUCGCCCUUUUUCCUUAUCCUCAGCCCACUGGGGAAAGGGGAAGCAUACGUCCAGCACAAGACAGCCUGCAGAGCCUGCAAGGCCAUAGGAGACAGUGCACAAACUGACCACCCUGCCAUGUGCACGCCUCACCGUGGUCAUGCAGAGCCAUGCCCUGACACACCCCUCCCCAACCCACACUCUACCACAGGCAUUCUCAUCCACUGGCCCACCAGGCCACGAUCCUCUUGUCUUGAAACCCUUCUCCUGCAUCCACCAACCCAGCACUGGCCAAGAGGCCAGCUGCCACACAGGAGUGACUUUGGCAUGCACUCAGUAAGGAUGCCACGUGCUCCUAUACACACGUCUCUGUGAAACCACUUUCCUGUGCCUCAGAACAAGGCUUACUAGGGUCAAGCUACCAAGAAACAGGCCUUUGUUACUGAGGGGACCCUUGGCCGGACACCUAAGCAUCACAAGCAGGCUUUGCAUGGGCUCAGGAACCCUCUGCCCUUUGUCUGUGGCCACUGGACUCUACCAUCUUUGGUCAGCGGUCAGUCAGGGAUGGGGCCCUGAGUACAUGGUACACGUUGACCCAUGUACAAGCACACACAUCCUGCACAUGGAAAGGGCCUUGGCAAGGAGCAAACCUUCAAACCACACGGCAAGAAUAUAAACUACAACCCCAUGCAGCUUGUCUGCAGGACAGGUCUAGGGGUCGCCAACCCCUGGCUUCCCAGCAGCCCCAGGAGAUGGCCGAGCACAGAGGGCCUUGCGGCCCUUGGACUGAGGAGCCUGGAGCUCUCUGCUCGCAGGGGCCUGGCGCAAAGCCAGGCAGCUCAGCAGGAAACACCGAGUGUGCAUGCAGGGUCCCUGAUGCUUAUUCCAGCACUGCCUUUGAACCAGCCCGCACCUUCCUGAAGGAGCUAACACAUAGCACCAAUGUCCAGAUCGCAGCAGUGCAGCCUCUGGGCAUCACCCACCUGAGAUCCAAGGGAGGGGAGGCAGACACCCCGUGCCAACGAGUACUGUUGAAGCCAUGACCAUCACAAACUUCAGCCUGGCCACUGACUUCCUGAGUCCCAACCCCUUAGGUCUUCUUGGAUUCUGCUGUUAGGAAGCCACGGGGGCCACGACAGUGGUGAGGUGCCAAGUGACGUUCACCACAGCAGGGAGAGGAAUGACUGUCUGACUAGGAGCUCUCCCUGCACCCUGACCAGAGGGCAUGCUGUCCCAGGAGACCCCUGGAAAAGGCCCGGGCCAGAAAAUCCUCCAGCCAGCACUCUGUUGCAACCCAAGAGGGCAUACCUGGCAAGUGACAAGAGAACUGACACUCGGCCUGACUCCCUCCCCCACCCAGUAGCUGAGGGUACGGACUUCAGCAGGUCCCUCUGUGCUUCCUGGUGCCUCCAGCUUGGAGGCCAGAACCUGCCAUGAAAGCCAACACCCCCCACCACUCUCCACUUUGAAUGACAGAUUCUCCCCUGCUGGAACAUGCUUGAGGAGGUGUCUGACUAUACGACUCUUACUGGGCCGAGGACCCCUUUCCACAGCCUCCCUAGUCCUGGCUGUCCCCGGGGACCUGAGGAUCUCUUGGCAGAGUGGCUGUGUGUGAGACUGCUGGCAGGUAUGCUGCAGAGGACCCAUGGUAAUGGCAACAACAGAGAAGACAAGGUGCUGUAUUGGGGGGAUGUUCCAGAAGAGAGAUCGGCAGGCCUUGGCCCAUAUUGGAUUUGUGGAGUGAGAGAGAGCGAGGAGUCCAGCAUGACUCUGAGUUGGUGAGGAUGGGGGACUAGGAGGGUGGUGCCAUCCUCUAUAAUAAUAGGGAAGAUAGGAAUGAGGGAAGUUUUAUGGGGAAACAUAAUGAAUUCAGUUGUGAACAUGUUGAAUUUAAAAUGUCAUCUGGACAUCCUGUUCAAGAUUACCGAAUUUAACAAUG